CACCAACACACCCUACACCUACAUGAUUGUGUCACUUCUAUUUCAGCCACCUCCGUUUUUGUCUUCAGAUGAAAGGUAACCUAGAGAGUAUUUAAGCGUUCUUUGAUUUCAUAUAUCAAAUUGAUUGAAAAAAUUAGGGCAAUAACAACAAUCUGAGGUCUGCGUUGAUUCAAUCCAGCUGAAGCCACAAACUCAAGUGUUGCAAGUUCAGUAUUGUGAUGAAUGAUAUAUGUAUCAAUAGCUGGUGAAUAAACAUAAUAAAUAGCAGUUAUAGUAUUUCCAUGUGGAGAUAAAAAUAUUGUCUAUAGAGAUGAGUGAUGAUGAAACAAUUGCUAUUGCACGUGGAGGACCUAUUUACAUCCCCAAUUCAGUUGGGCCUCUUACUAGGGUUCCUGAAUUUGAGUCUGCUCUUCUUUGUGAGCUCCAGGAUUUGAAGCAUGAAUUAUCUUUUGAUGCUUCUUUUUCUUCAGUUUGCAACGAUAACGAUGAUGUUGAUCUCUCGGUUGAUGACAUUAAACCUUUUACCGAUGAAGAUUUGGUUGAAAUGGCCUUAAAUGAUGAAACUUUUCAUCCUCCUUUGAUUGAUAAGGAGACGAAUGAAAAUUCUUUCCACCCAUCCAAAGAGCCAUUCAAUUUAAGAGAAAAUAAUGAUAUAGUUUCACACCAAACCAAUGCCCAUUUGGAAAGCUCUAGAAGAGGAGAGGAUCCUUCACCUUCCCCUGAUUUGCUAAAUGAAGAGAAUUGUUGCAAUGGGACUAUCGUUAGCCAAAAGUCAAGAAAGAGAAAAUUAUCUUCAAAAUCAUCUGAUGGACCUCGCGCUACAACCAGAUCUAAUGGAGCUGCCACUAGGAACACCACAAGAAAGUCAAAGGGAAGGAAGGAAAAUAAGCAUGCCCUCGAUGAGGGUUGCCUUGCAAAGGUUGGUGAAUUGUUGAAAAUCAAAGAGAAGCAGGAUCAAGAAAAAGCAGCUUCCAGAUUGCAUUCAUUAAAUUGCAAGAUCAGCAAAAGUCUUGUUCCUUUUUCAGAGAAAUCUGAAAGCCUGAAAUAUUUAAGAUCUACACAUGUUGAGAAACAGCAGUUGAAGCACCCAAAUGUCCAAGAACACGUAGCCUUGCAGCAUCCGGAGUUUGUUCUUUCAGUUGAGAUUUAUCACAACAUAAGAAACUGGAUAAAGACGCAAGAAUUCUUGGUCCUUGGAAGACAAACUUUGACCGAAAUGAGAGACAAGAUUUAUUGCAUGACAGAUCAGGUGAUGCAAAAGGCACAGCAGCAUGAUCCAUCUGGAUAUUUUCUUGUGGAGGAUGUGUUUUGUAAUGAUUUGAGGGAUCCAUCGGCAACUGAUUACAGUGCGCCUAUAUUUGAUUGGCUUAGAAACUCAAAAGAUGAAGCUCUUAGCAAAUGGGAAUGCAUCAUUGGUGGUGAGCUACGAAGAAAACAUAAGACAGCCUUAGGUCAGUUACCAACUUCGCGUUUGCCUCAGUUCAGACGUGUUGACAUGCAAAAAACUCGGUUUUGUGAUCUGAGAUUUCGUCUUGGUUCUGGAUAUCUCUACUGCCAUCAGGGAGACUGCAAGCAUACCAUUAUUAUAAGAGACAUGAGACUGGUUCAUCCCGAGGAUGUACAGAACCGGGCAGCUUAUCCAAUUACAACUUUUCAACUGAAACCACGAGUUCGGAAGUGCGAUAUCUGUGGAAUUUUCAGGCCAAAGAAAGUCACGGUGGAUGACAAGUGGACCCCUCAUAAUCCGUGCUAUUUCUGCGAAGAUUGCUAUUUCCAUCUUCACUAUAACAAUGAGACUGGGUCGUUACUAUAUAAUCACUUGGCGUAUGACUACUUGCACGAUCUGCCCGAGUGAUUACUUUACUGUUUUAGGUUAGUUCUAUAAUUAAACUGUAUUAAUUUCAUUUACUUCAUUUAUUAGCAUAUUUCUUGGUGUUAAUGCA